CAUUAUAAGUCAGUGCAGCUGGGAAACCUGCACAGAAUCCUGGUACUGGGAAGAAACUACGCUUUUCUAGACAAACAAGCAGAGACACUGGGUAAUCAUGCGGUUCAGCAUCCUCUUCUUCAUCGUCCUUCUGGGAUUCCUCUACCUCACACUGGCACAAGGCUCGUAUGAAGACUGCUGUCUGCAGUAUGUCAGGAAAAUUAAACCGUCCAUUAGGAACAAAGUGAUCAGCUACAGAAAACAAGAGAUGGACGGAGGCUGCAACAUCCCAGCUGUUGUCUUCACAUUGAAACGUGGCCGUAUGAUGUGCACUGACCCCAGAGAGAAAUGGGUCCAUGAACUCAUGAGGCGGGUGGACAUACUGACAGAAAGCUCAUUUAUGAAGAAGAAGAAUUCACGGGGUUAAGCAAGCCAGUGGCGGCCGAGAGAGGACUAGAGGGAAAACAGCUCGAGUAUCUCGGCCAAUCACGUUCUUUCUUUGAGUUCUGGCUCUCCGAGCGCACAUUUCAGCAUGGAUUGACUGAUGUUCUCAGUACUUCCUGUGUUCUGCCCUGUGCUCUAUCUGGUAUCAGGUGGCAUUUCCUGUUUCCAGACUUUUGUCGCUUCACUGACGGACUGCUGGUUAAAUGCUCCGAAUGGGAGAUGGCCAUUAUUUUCCCUCUCCACGUGCUGCUGUUGUCAUCACUUCCAAGGUCUGUGUAAAACCUUGCGAGCUGCCUGCUUAAAAGCCCAAAAGUAUUCUUCGGUUUAGUGCAUGCGCACAGCCGAACACAGCCUUUAUUGGAUAACACGCGUAAAUGAGGGCACUUGGCGCAUGCGCACUACAAAGAUUUAUCCUUGUCCAGUGUCUGAACUUUUCUCUCGAAAGUUAUGAGCAAUAAAAAUAUCUUUGUACUCCUUUAAGCUAUAAUCUCGGGUGUAUUUUAGUCUCCUCACACAAGCACUGACCCGGGGUCUUUUGUUUUUGCCAUCUUCAGCAGUCAGUCUCCUCCGUUUCUUUUCCGACUGUGAAACAAAGGGCCGGUUCAGUUUUGCCACCUUGUGGAGAAACUGAUUACUGCAAAAAAGAAAUAAAACGUGCAUACAGUACGAGUGUACUGUGCUGAUGACAAAAUUACCCAAAAAAGCGCCUAUGAAGUAAAAAGUGACUCUGCAUAGGAAUCAAUCAGUGCUCAAUUAGCUAGUGUUCUUCAUGUAAUCUGCAUUUAAUACAUUUAAAUUGCUUUCUUUUCAGUAUUUAAUAAAAUGUACAUUUAAAUUUCUUCUGCUUUGUCCGCUAUAUCGCAAUGCAUGCAAUGCUGCUUGAACAUACUGACUAGGCAGCUCACUAGGUUUUGGAACAGAGCUCAUGUGUAUAGUGUUACCUUGAGGGUCGUAUUAAGCUACUGUAUUAUCAACUUUCACUUUGAUUUACCGCUUUUGCCCCACAGUAUCAAUAAACAGUCAGUGUGAUAAAAAUAGUAUUAGUCGUAAAUGUGGGUGGGAAGGUUUUGCAAGCAAAGCAGAUAAUCCUUCUAUUCCCUUAUGUGUUUAUUAUACUGCUGACGCAACGCCAAGUGAUUUUUGAGUUUGUAUGAUAUUAUAAUGCUUUGUAAAUUAUGAUUUGUUAUUUUGCUUAAUGCAGUGAGCUUAACAAGUGAUUAUUUUAUAGUUAUUGAUAGAAUGAAUAUUCAUAUAUCUCUUUUCAUAAAUGCAUAUUUUCCAUUUGAUAUGUUUGGUAAAGUUUUUUUUCUUCUUCAAUUUAAGUGGAACUACUGUUUUUUACUUUAAUGUUCACACUUGAUCCAGUGAGAAUGUAUCUUUAUAGAGGAAG